GCUCCGCCCCCGGGGCUCCGCCAGCGCGAGUCCCAUCCAGGUCCGGCUACCUGGGGCGCGCCCGGCCGGGCAGCUGCGGGCCCGGCGCUGGCCGGCGGCGUCUGUGAGAUCCGUUCCCUCCGGCGGGGGCCGCCGACGAGGGCAUGAGCGCGGACUCCUGCCUCCGGCGCGGCGGGAGCGGGGAGGGCAGGAGGCGCCGCGCGGAGGCCACCGUCCGGGGCAGCGCCGGGGGACAGCGGGGCGGGAGAUGUGCCUGUCCUUAGCGGCCCAGCAAGCAGCAUGCACCCCGAUCCCUCCGACAGCGGCGGCGCCGGCCUCGCGGGCGCCCCGGGCGAACGACGGCCGGAGCCCCGGGGGGACGCGGCGGCCCCGGGGGCGCCCGGCGGCGGGAGUCGGUGGGUGGCGGCAGCCGCCCUCGCCGCCGUGUGCUCCUCCUGCCUGCUGGCCGGCUGGUGGCCGGCGGCGGCGGGAGGCGCGGGGCCGGGCACGGUCCUGCUCAGGCUCAGCCUGUACCUGGGCUGCGCCGCUGCCGCCUUCCUGCUGGGGACCGUGUUCUCCCUGGUUUGCCGGAGCCCGCGAGCCCCGCCGCCUGACUUCGCCGCCGCCUGGAGACGGCUGGCCGCACGCCACCGGCCGGAGAGUCCUGUGUAUGGAGACUCAAAUGAGUCAGUUCAGUCUAGAAGGGUAGUCAUUUCUCAUAAUAUGGACAAAGCUCUGAAAGAAGUGUUUGACUACAGCUACAGAGACUACAUCCUGUCCUGGUACGGAAACCUCAGCAGAGACGAGGGCCGGCUCUACCACCUGCUGUCCGAGGAUUUCUGGGAAGUCGCCAGACAGCUGCGCCACCGGCUGAGCCACAUGGACGUGGUCAAAGUCGUCUGCAACGAUGUCGUGCGAGCUUUGCUCACUCACUUCUGUGACCUGAAGGCGGCGAGUGCCAGACAUGAAGAGCAGCCGAGGCCUUUUGUGUUGCAUUCUUGCUUGAGGAACUCAAAUGAUGAAGUAAGAUUUCUGCAGACGUGUUCUCGGGUUCUGGUGCUCUGUCUCCUUCCUUCGAAGAGCAUCCAGUCUCUCAGCUUACGCAUAAUGCUCGCAGAAAUUCUGACAACAAAAGUCUUGAAGCCGGUGGUGGAGCUGCUCAGUAACCCGGAUUACAUUAACCAGAUGCUGCUCGCCCAGCUGGAGCGCAGGGAGCACAUGAACGAACAUCACAAGAGAGCCUACACGUACGCGCCUUCCUAUGAAGAGUUCAUCAAGCUCAUUAACAGCAACUCUGAUGUUGAGUUCCUGAAGCAGCUCAGGUAUCAAAUUGUAGUGGAGAUAAUCCAGGCAACAACAAUCAGCAGCUUCCCCCAGCUGAAGAGGCACAAAGGUAAAGAAACCGCCGCCAUGAAGGCUGAUCUCCUGAGGGCCAGGAACAUGAAAAGGUACAUUAACCAGCUGACCGUGGCGAAGAAGCAGUGUGAGAAGAGGAUCAGAGUCCUGGGAGGCCCUGCCUAUGACCAGCAAGAGGACGGGGCCUUCGACGAGGGGGAAGGGCCUCAGAGCCAGAAGAUUCUUCAGUUCGAAGAUAUCUUGGCCAACACUGUCUACCGAGAGCAGUUUCGAAUGUACAUGGAAAGGAUGGACAAGAGAACUCUAAUUAGCUUUUGGGAGUCUGUGGAGUACUUAAAGAAUGCUAACAAGAAUGAAAUCCCACAAUUAGUUGGUGAAAUUUACCAGAAUUUCUUCGUGGAGAGCAAAGAAAUAUCAGUGGAAAAAUCACUUUACAAGGAAAUCCAGCAAUGUCUUGUGGGCAAUAAAGGGAUUGAAGUGUUCUGCAAAAUCCAGGGAGAUGUUUAUGAGACCCUGAAGGAUAGGUAUUACCCUUCAUUCAUUGUCAGCGACCUGUAUGAGAAACUGAUGAUGAAAGAAGAAGAAAAACAUGUCUCACAGUUGGUUUCCAACAAGGAUGAAGUGGACUCGGGAGGUGAGGUCGGUGAGGAAGCUGUGGAUGAAGGCUCCGGUCGGGUUAAUGAACAAGCCAGCUUUGCUGUAAACAAGCUACGAGAACUAAAUGAGAAACUUGAGUAUAAAAGGCAAGCUCUAAAUUCUAUUCAAAAUGCGCCAAAACCCGACAAAAAGAUUGUUUCUAAAUUGAAAGAGGAGAUAAUUCUAAUAGAGAAAGAACGCACAGACCUCCAGUUGCACAUGGCGCGAACAGACUGGUGGUGUGAGAACCUGGGCUUGUGGAAAGCCUCCAUCGCCAGUGGAGAGGUCACAGAAGAGAACGGCGAGCAAAUGCCCUGUUACUUUGUCACGGUAAGCUUACAGGAAGUUGGAGGAGUUGAAACCAAGAACUGGACAGUCCCCAGGAGGCUCAGUGAGUUUCAGAAUUUACACCGGAGACUUAGUGAGUGUUUCCCUUCUUUAAAAAAAGUCCAGUUGCCUUCUCUUAGCAAGCUGCCUUUCAAAUCUGUAGAUCAAAAGUUUAUGGAAAAGUCAAAGAAUCAAUUAAAUAAGUUUUUACAGAAUCUGCUUUCAGAUGAAAGACUGUGUCAGAGUGAAGCACUUUAUGCCUUUUUGAGCCCUUCUCCUGACUACCUCAAGGUUAUUGACGUGCAGGGGAAAAAAGCCAGUUUUUCAUUAGCCUCGUUUUUGGAAAGACUCCCUCGCGACUUCUUCUCCCAUCAGGAGGAGGAGGCAGAGGAGGACAGUGACCUAUCAGAUUAUGGUGAUGACGCAGAUGGAAGGAAGGAUGCCUUGGCUGAACCGUGUUUCAUGUUGAUUGGGGAGAUUUUUGAACUUCGAGGAAUGUUUAAAUGGGUGAGAAGAACGUUGAUUGCUCUCGUUCAGGUCACUUUUGGAAGAACCAUCAACAAACAAAUUCGGGACACAGUGAACUGGAUUUUCAGUGAGCAAAUGUUGGUUUACUACAUCAACCUUUUCCGGGAUGCUUUUUGGCCCAAUGGGAAGCUGGCACCGCCAAACACAAUCCCACGCCAAGAACAAAGCCGCGCGCGCAGCCAGGAAACAAAGCAGAGAGCCCAGCAGAAGCUGCUCGAGAACAUUCCAGAUAUGCUUCAGAGCCUUGUUGGACAGCAAAAUGCCCGUUAUGGUAUAAUAAAAAUAUUCAAUGCACUUCAAGAAAAGAGAGCCAAUAAGCACCUGCUAUAUGUGCUGAUGGAACUGCUGCUAACUGAAUUGUGUCCUGAGCUGAGAACUCAUUUAGAUCAACUUAAAGCUUGUCAGGUUUGAGACUGCACAAAUAAACCACCAGAGAAAUGUCUGUACUAAUAGACAUGAAACAUUUUCCUCUUUUCCACAGAGGGCUUGACUGAGAACCAUACUGAACUUUUAGUUACUUCCCUCUAGUUUUAUGUGAAUGAAGCAGAAUUGGGGAGGAAACUUGAUGCUGUAUAUUAGGCAACAGAAAAAAAAAAAACCACAACACUUGUUAAUUAUUUUUAUUUUAAUAUAAAUCCUUUAAAGGACAACAUACUGUUUGAAAUAUAAAUGUUGAUAUGUGAUAAGAACCUAGGAAAUAUUUUAAAUAUUUAUGAAGUUUUGUUUUAAAUGAAGAACUCUGAACAUUGUACAGUUAAUCUCCUCGCUGAGGACUCUGAACAUUCCUCUGUUUGUGUGUACUGAAUAUUGUUGUGCAAUGCUUUGUGUGAAGUUAUUGUGAAAAUUUUCCUGUCUUUAUUUUUACCAAAGAUUUCCCAUAGUUUGAAGCAUUUGAAGCAAUAAAUUAUAAAAAUGAA